AUGGUGGUGAUGUCCUACCCGCUGGAGUACCUGAAGACGCAGAUGCAGCUCCAGUCGAAGGCCAACCCGGAGUACCACGGAAUGGUGGACUGCGCCAAGAAGACCGUCUCCAAGCACGGCUUCCAGGGCCUCUACCGAGGCGCCAGCGUGCGGAUAGUGGGUGCCGGCUGCCAGCAGAUGUGCCGAUGGGCGCACCGUGGCGUCCACGCGCAGCCUCUCGCGGACAGCAGCUGCCACGAGCCAGGCUGCCUCGGAAACCUGCCACUGGGCGCGCACACCCGAAGCGUCAGCUGGGCCUGCAUGUGCAGGCAAUCAAGGCAGUGCCUCGCCGUCCGCUCGGACGGUAGAGGCCGCGGGACAGGCGCCGCGAAGACCGUGGCCGAGCUCAAGCCAGACCUCCAGAACUUCCAGCGCCUGCGGCUUCCUCUGCUGAGCCCGCUCCAGCUGGCGCCAGCGAUGUUCCAGCCGAUUGGCGAGGUGCAGGCGACGGCGGGCAGCAGCAACAACAAGAGGACGGCGGUCGAGGCAGGGGUCGGGGGCGAGGGCAAGGACGACCCGCCAGACGUGGUGGGCCCCUUGGGCAAGGCGCUCGCCCGCUUGGUCCUGCAGCGCGAGGACAUGGCGAGGGCGGCUCACCGCGACGACAACUUUGUGGUUCCGCUCAAGCCGUCGCAGAAGAUGGCGAUCGCGCUCGACCAGGCUCUGGCGCACUACGAGGGCGAAGCCGCCAAGGCCAAGGAGAAGGCGAAGGAGAAGAAGGAGGUCUUCAUGGACAACCCGGUCGGCAAGCGGCCCGACGCGCUGGCUCGGGCCGUCCUGUUCCGCAUGGCGGAGGCCGUGGAGGGCAAGGAGGGGGCGUUGCUGGCGGCCGCAUCGCAGGGCAUCGAGCCGAUGGGCACCAAGGCCGCGUUGGACGAGCUCUUGCGCUUCGGGGCGCUGGUGCAGGACCAGAAGCGCAAGUUCGUGACGACGAGGUACUUCAAGGUGAACAGCAAGAACGAGGAGGAGGGCUCAGUGGAGGGCGAGCUCAAGUGGAUCUUUGCGGUGAACCACUACCCGAAUUUGAAGGAGUCGCUGAAGGUGCUCAGGCUCAAUGGCGCUCUGGCAGCUGUGGGCGUGAGCCUUCAGUGCGACAUAGCGACGAGGAGCCGGCCGUGCCAGGUCGCAAUUCCUGGCCAGUUCAGCGCCGGCCCCGUCGGCCGCGCGAUGGCCGCCAUUGGCACACGUGCCACGGCCGCGCAGCUGGUCCCCAUGCAGACGCUAAACAGUCUAGCCCAGCUGCCACAUCCGCCAGCUGAAGUACGGAAGAGAGAACAUCGUGAUGUCGCCCAGAGACGUCGGACCCGCGCCUUGAAGAUCUGGAGUUUCAACGCCGAAUCUACGCGGGUUGUCGGGCGCCUCGACGAGCUUCUGCAGCUCGCCAAGAAGGGGAACGUGGCUAUCUUCACCAUGCAGAGCACCCAGAUGGACCUGGGUAUGACCUGGAGGGCGGGGCAGUUCGAGGUGCACUCGUUGGCGCGCUCGGGUAAGGGCCAGCGCGGCGGCUGCCUCGUCGCCGUCAACGCGACCCACUUCAAGGGCUGUGAGGUCCGCUGCGAAAGCUUAUGGAUGCAGGGGCGGCUUCAUGGCAUCCGCCUCCGCAAUGGGCAUAGCACCCGCUUCGGGUGCGACAUCAGCAUCAUGAGCGGCUAUUCUCCCACGAACGAGCCAGGUCCCCGCUCGCACCGCCUGGGUGAUCACGCUGGCAACGCGCGCCUGCCUCCUCAUCUUCCCUGGGUAGGCUAUGCUGGCGCCAGCCGCAAGAUCCUGACCGUCAGCGACAGCGGGCACUCGCUGAUGGACCUGAUGGAAGACUACGGCCUCAUGGCGCUCAAUGCGUUCGGGAGCAGAGCGCGGUUCAACGGCGCGUGGCGUGCCCCUAUCGGAUCCUGGACCACCAUCGGCUACGAGAAGCGACUUCAUGAAUAUGGGCAAGACACGUGCGGCCGGGGCAAGCGCUACGACGCCCUAUCGGCCUACUUCAAUGAGCUGGAGGCGGUGGUGGUGAACGCGGCGCGGGCAGCUUGCAUCGAACCCCCCUCCCGUGGCGGCGUGAGUGCCGCAGUCUUCGGAGACUCUGCGAUCCAGCCCAUCGCGACCAAACGCUACUCGCAGCGGCUGUUGAGCGCAGUGCCCGAAUCAUCACACUGGUUCAGAAAUUGCAUCCAGGCCAAGUUCAACGAGGCAUCCAAGGCGGCGACCAAGGCGAUCAGGAGCGAGAAGCGCCAGCGCAUGGUUGCGCUCGCUGAGCUCGCAGAGCAGACUGCCGGCCAGAACAGCCCGAAUAAGCUCCACGCCAUUGUAGGAAAUUUAGCACCCAAGGCGCCAGCGCCGAUGAUGGCAGUGAACGGCUCAGCCACAGGACUCCCGUGCUUCGAUUUGGAGCGUGAUCGACAGGUACGGAUUCGAAGCGUAUGCGAACUAUGCGACGGGCAAGCCAUGGAACUUGACGAUCUCCCCCCUUGUCGCGGUGCGGCUGAAAGAGACGAUGGCAGGACAAGCCCCUGCGACAUUCGGGACGUCGAGCAGAGCAUCCUGGACCUGCUUAGUCUGACGGGCGGCCCCGCGCUGUAUUGGCCACUGCUUGACCCGCCCGUCAGCGCGGUCGCCGAGACAUGGAAGCUGGCGAUCGACAUGCUGGCGGCCUCCCUCCUGCAGGCCCAUGACAAGCUCGUGGCUCAAGUUGCGGAGAUCCAGACCCAACAGAACUACGCGAGCGUCACAGUGUUCCUUGACCCCUCCCUCAAGCGUAUCAGAACCAACAACGGCUUGGAAGUUGAGGACUGCACCGCGGUCGACCUGACGUUCGCUGAGGUUGAGGAAUGCGACGACGUCUCCACCUUCUUGGCAAUUGUGAACAGCGAGAUCGAGCAUGGUGGCAUGCAGGUGAAUGGAAAGAAGACCGAACUCUUAUUGAUACCAUCGGGGGUGGGCAGCAUGCAGCGGUUACAGCGCAUCAGGGAUCGCGCCACCGGUAUCCCCACAGUGGAGUACCUCGGUGUCCAGUUAGCAGCCACUGGCAGCUACCAGAUCGAGGUGGCCCGCGGGAUCCAAUCGCCCCUCUUUCUAAGCGUGAACUGGCUCGACUCGAAGCGUGGCAAGUACGCGAGCUCCGAGGGCUACGGCAAUCGCCGGGUCAAAGUGGUCAGGCAGCAGCUCUGUGCCAAGCCCUGCCCGCGCUGGCUGCGCCCGUCGGGCGAGGCGAUGUUCAUGCCGAUCAGCGAGGUCCAGGGGGCGCCAAGCAGCGGCCGGAAGAGAGCGGCAGCGGACGCUGUCGGCGGGGGCGAGGACAAGGCCGCGGGCGACAUCGUGGGCCCGCUCGGCAUAGCGCUCGCGCGCCUGGUGCUGCAGCGCGAGGACUUGCCGAGGGCGAACCGCCGAGGCGACAACUUCGUGAUGGCGCUCAAGCCGCAGAGCAAGCUGGAGAUGCGCUGGAUCAGGCCCGACGCGCUGGCGAAGGCGGUGAUCUUCCGCAUCAGCGAGGCGGCGGUGAGCAACAUAGAUCAGAUGAUGGCGGCAGCGGAACAGGGCCUGAACCCACAGGAGGCCAAGGAGGCGCUGGACGUGCUGAUCUCCAUGGGGACCAAGGUGCAGGACCCCGCGGCGAAGUUCGUGGCCGCGCGCUGCUUCAGUGUCAAGACAGGCGCGCAGAAGGACGAGGAGGACGCCGAGGGCAUGGGGGUCAAAUGGAUCUUCGCGAUCAAUCACUACCCGAAGUUCAAGAUGCCCCUGGCGGUGCCCCGCGAGAACGGGGCGCUCGCAGCUGCGGGCAUCCACCUGUGCUUCGACGUCGCCGCGUGGUCUGCUUCGAUCGGUGUGGUCGGCAACACCAUCAGUGGCAUGGGCGCUGGCGUCACCGAGGCGAUCAUCGCCGUGACCCCCGUGGAGACGAUCAAGACGCGCGUCACCGACGACCUGCGCCGCGGCACAGGCCAGUACAAGGGCUCCGGGGAUGCGGUGGUGAAGAUCCUGAAGAGCGCGGGGCUCGGAGCCUCCUCGCUCGCUCGCUCGCUCGCUCCUGCUCGCUCCUGCUCGGAGCAGGGGGCAGCUCCUCGCUCGCUGCUCGCUCGCUCGCUCGCUUGCUCUUCCUGCUCCUGCUCCCUCUCCUCCUCCUCCUCCUCCUCCUCGUCCUCCUCCUCCGCCUCCUCCUUCUCCGCCUCCUCCGACGAAGGCGGCGACGACGACGACGGCGACGACAACAACGGCGAUGACGGCGACGACGACGACGAAGACGACGUCGACGAAGACGACGACGACGACGACGCCGACGACGACGCCGACGACGACGACGACGACGACGACGACGACGCCUGGGCCGGCGGGGUGGCGGACUUGCCGCACGGGCGGGCAACCGACGAGGACGACGACUCUCGACGACCACGUCGCUGCGGCCGCCGCCCUCCGCGCUGCCGCCGAGGGCCGCCGAGGGCCGCCGGGGGCCGCCGCCGAGGGCCGCCUGCCGAGGGCUGCCGCCGAGGGCCGCCGCCGCGGGCCGCCGAGUGCCGUUGA